AUGUACAAACCUAAUUCCGUAUGGACCUGGGCGUUCGUGGGAGUGACAGUCGUGCAAGCCGCCAUCAUUCUUGCCUUUGAAUCCUACGUCUUCGCCCUCUUCCAAGAAGGUCUACAUAUCGACAAGGCAACCGAAGAUUAUGAAAAAGAUCAACUGCGACAACGAAAGGAUUACAGACAGACCAUCCCCACCUUCCUAGUGCUUUACAUCUUUGGUUUCCUCUACGAGCUGCUGUUGGUCUGGGAUGCGCUAAGGCUAAAAAAUACAAUUCAGAUCAUCGGGCUAUGCUUGUACAAUCUGGGCCUUCUUAUUUACGCGGCUGUUCAACUGGAUCAAAUCAGCGACGCCAAAAAAGAUCUCUUGAGCUUUCCGGGAAGCUCAAUAGACCACAACGCAAUCGACAAGGAUGUCUAUCCCGCAGUCAAACCGUUCCUGAUCGCAAUUCCUUGCAUAAUUGCCUUCGGGACUGUCUGCAUGGCAUUCGUUGCACGGAAACUAUACGACGAGUUUGCGUGGACAAUUUACAAGCACAUAAGUGCGGACCUGAGGAUGAAAAGGCGCUACCUAACAUACCAGAUCUAUAUUGCCUUAUUAAAAUUCGAUUUCUUCUUCUUUCUUGGAUUCACGGUCCAGUUCAUCGUCAUUGUCGCUAGUAAAGACAAGAAAAACGUGGAGUUUGGCCUUACAAUCGCCGCGGUGCCUUUGAACAUCCUAGUCUUAUUGCUCGCCGGGUAUUUCACACGCAAAGAGAAUCGCGUCGGUGUGACAGGUAUCAUCAUACUCUAUUUUGCGGGCCUUGCAUACUUCCUUUUCAAAUGCGUACGAAUGUAUCAGAAAGGCCCUAUUCCACAACUCUACUAUCCUGCUCGCAAGUCAUUGACCACAUUUGCCGUGCUUACGAUCAUCUGUAUUGUGAUCACAAUAAUCAACGCUGUCGUCUGCUUCUACAACUUUGGCAAGGGACUGAAGCCCUACAUACUACAUCGAAAAGUGGAUACGGAGGAGGAGAAGCCGAUGGGCGCCAGUGGAAUGCAAAUGGAAAUGCCGCAUUUGAAUUACGCAAGUGCCCCGGCUUCAAACCGAAUGACUAUUGACUAA